GGGAUGCCGGCGGGCAAGGUGUCCGUGGAAUGUUGGGGUGCACAUGAAGGGCAGUGUCCAUGGAAUGUUGGGGUGCAGGUGUGGGGGGAAGUGUCCAUGGAAUGUUGGGGUGCACGUGAAGGGCAGUGUCCAUGGAAUGUUGGGGUGCAGAUGGGCAAAGUGUCCAUGGAAUGUUGGGGUGCAGGUGUGGGGGGGAAGUGUCCAUGGAAUGCCGGGUGCCCGAGGUUCCCAGGACAGGGAAGGCGCCGGGCAGUCCCCGAGGUGUCCCCCCCAAACCCCGCUGGCUCUGGGGCUGUCCUGCAGCCCCGGGGAGCUCUGCAAAGGUGACAGCCCCGGUGCUGCUCCCUGGACUUGGAGAUGCCAUCCCGGUGGCACCAGUGCCCUGCUGGCAUCCCUGGAGCUGGGAUCAGGAGCUCCCUGGGCAGCUUUUCCCUCCGGGAGCGUUGGGAUCCCAGCUCGGGAUGGAAGGGCUGCUGGGCUGGGUGAGUGGCUUUGCUGGGCUCAGGGUGUUGGAGAAGAGCUGCCCGGUGGAUUUUGGAGCUGCUGAUGCUCGAGCACGCUCAGGGAAGGCUUCCCAGCGUCUCCAGAGUGUGGGAAUCAUCCUGAAGGAUAAUUCCUGGCUCUGCCCUGCCGGAUUGCUGCCGUGGGGCCUUCAAAAGAAGAGGGAAAGCCGUGGAAAGCCGCGCUGCCUCUGUGAGUGGCGUGGAUGAAUCACGAGAUGUUGCAAUCCCUUCUCCUUUCGUCCAGGGCUCCCCGAACGAGUAGAAAGGGCAGAGGAGAGGAAAUGCCUUGGCUUGUGCAGCUCCUGCCAUGUUACAAGCCCUCAAUGGAAACAUUGCCGCUUUUCUUGCCCUGUUUGCCCCGGGCUCUGUCCCUGCCGCGCCUGGCUCACGGACUGGGCAUGUCCCGUGGCCGCGGGCUCGGUGCCCACCCCGAGCCUGGCACAGACACACGAGGGGCUCUGUGCCCGGUCACGGCCGGGGCAGCUCCUGGGUGUUGUCCCUCCGGAAUUGUGCAGCGCUUUGCUGGGCGGGAGAGCGGAGGCAGGAGUGGAAGCGGUGCCCGAUUCCCGGAGGGGGAGGCGCUCUGCGGGGAAAGCUCCGCGAGCCGGGCCGUGCCUCGGGCCGGGGAUCCCCGAUCCCCGAUCCCCAGUGCCGGGAGACAUCGCGGAUCGAUCGCUCCGGCUCUGCUGGAGCCCGGCCAGGCUCCCUGGGUGCGCUGGGGCACAGCGAGGUCCCGCUGGGAUCCGCUCCUGCCCGGGCACUCAGCGCUGCUCCACCGGGGCAAAGACGCGGAUGCAGAGCCUGCAGCCCGACCCCAAGGCCCAGUACCGGGGCGUGUUCCAGGCCCUGCGGAAGAUGGUGCGGACCGAGGGCUUCUGGAGGCCCCUGCGGGGCAUCGAUGUCACCAUGCUGGGGGCUGGCCCUGCCCACGCCCUCUACUUCGCCUGCUACGAGAAAAUGAAAAAGUCUCUCAGUGAUAUUUUCCAGCCAGGAGGAAACAGCCACUUGGCCAAUGGCAUUGCUGGGAGCGUGGCCACGCUGCUGCACGACGCCGUGAUGAACCCUGCCGAAGGCCAUCCACUUCAUCACCUACGAGCUGAUGCAGGAGCACCUGAACCCCCACCGCCAGUACCACCCCCAGUCCCACAUCGUGGCCGGCGCCGUGGCCGGAGCCGUGGCCGCCGCCGCCACCACGCCGCUGGACGUGUGCAAGACGCUGCUGAACACGCAGGAGAACACGGCCCUGAGCUCCCUCAAGAUCAGGGGGCACCUGUCGGGCAUGGCCAACGCCUUCAGCACCGUUUACCAGCUGGGAGGGGUCCCCGGCUUCUUCAAGGGCGUGCAGGCCCGGGUCAUUUACCAGAUGCCCUCCACGGCCAUCGCCUGGUCCGUGUACGAGUUCUUCAAGUACUUCCUCACCAAGCGCGCGCUGGAGAGGAGAGCCUGAGGAGCCCAGAGAGCCCCGGGGAGGGCGGGCGGGGCCUGCCCGGGCUCCUGGCACGCUGCCCCGCUGCAACUGCGCUGCACUGCUGCCCCCACGUCCCCUGGGGCUCGGCACUGAGGGACCCGGCGGCUCCGGGGAUCCCUGGACACCGAGUGUGUCCCUGUCACUGAGUGACCCAGGGGAUCCCUGUCACUGAGUGUGUCCCUGUCACUGAGUGACCCAGGGGAUCCCUGUCACUGAGUGUGUCCCUGUCACUGAGUGACCCAGGGGAUCCCUGUCACUGAGUGUGUCCCUGUCACUGAGUGACCCAGGGGAUCCCUGUCACUGGGUGUGUCCCUGUCACUGAGCGACCCCGGGGAUUCUUGGUCACUGAGUGUCCCCCUGUCACUGAGUGACCAUAGGGAUCCCUGGACACCGGGUGUCCCCCUGUCACUGAGUGACCCUGGGGAUUCCAGGGAUCCGUGGUCACUGGGUGUGUCCCUGUCACUGAGUGUCCCCCUGUCACUGAGUGACCCUGGGGAUUCCAGGGAUCCCUGGUCACUGGGUGUGUCCCUGUCACUGAGUGUCCCCCUGUCACUGAGUGACCCUGGGGAUUCCUGGUCACUGGGUGUCCUCAGGGACUGCUGUCACUGAGUGCCCCGGGGGUUCCGGGGAUCCCUGGUGUCUGCGUGUCCCCAGGGGUUCUGGGGACUCCUGGUCACUGAGUGUCCCCCUGUCACUGAGUGACCCAGGGACUCCUGCUCACUGAGUGUCCCCAGGGAUUCUGGGGACUCCUGGUCUCUGAGUGUGUCCCUGUCACUGAAUGUCCCCAGGGACUCCCGGUCACUGAGUGUCCCCAGGGAUUCCUGUGGAGUUUCCCAGGGAUUCCCAUGGUGCUUCCCCAGGAUCCCUGGUCACUGAGUGUUCCCAGGGAUUCUGGAGAUUCCUGGUCACUGAGUGUCCCCCUGUCACUGAGUGUCCCCAGGAACUCCUGGACACUGAGUGUUCCCAGGGAUUCUGGAGAUUCCUGGUCACUGAGUGUCCCCCUGCCACCAAGUGUCCCCAGGGAUUCCUGUGGUGCUCCCCCUGCUCACUCAGUGUCCCCCUGUCACUCAGUGUCCCCAGGGAUUCCUGGUCACUGAGUGCCCCUUUCCCUUCCUUAAACAACAACAAAAAAAAAGAGUUUAUACAGACUUUGAUAUUAAUAUAUAUCUAUUUAAUAACUUUAUUUGGAAGCAGUGAAACCUCAAGCUUCUCUUUUUCUGGAAAUGAGAUGGAAGAUGGAGUUUACUCCUUGCUGAAGGUUUAGGUUAUCCAACCUAAGCUGGUUUUGUUUUUUUUUUUAAUUAUUUUUUUAUUUUUACAGCAGAGAAACAAAAAUGUCCUGGCACAGAAGUUAAUUUUAUAUAAAUAUAAAAGAGCUGGAUAAUGUUUAUCCUUUAUUUUUCUAUGUAGGCAGUUGGGUGGUUUUAAAAUGCUUUUACAGCUGGCUGCAAAGCUGUUUUAAAAGGGCUCAGUUCUUCCCUGCUCUAAGGAAGACCCAAAAUCACUGAAUUUAUGGCCAGAUUGGCUUUCAUCACCCAGGUGCUGGCCUGGCUUCUCCUCUGGGUGUCAGGUACUUGGAAGCCCCUUGAGGGGACAGGGGACAUCUCUGGGAGCACCUGGAGCAUCCCAAAAUCCCUCUGUGAAUCUCAGUUCUGUUUGUUACAACUCUCAAAAUGCAGAUUUUUAGCCAAUAUUGUUCUUUUCCAUUCAGACUUGCCAAAGGUACAUGUUCAUGGCAGGGACAGCUGACAGCCUUCAUCCCCGCUGAGUUCAUUCCCUCCUCUUCCUCCCUGGAGCCCUGGUCCCAUUCCGGGAGCUCUCCUGGAUCCCAGGGGGUGCCUGGAGCUGCUGCUGGCAGAGCCCCUGGCAGCUCCCAGCCAGCCCCAGACCCUUGGGAACAUCCCAGAGGCACCUCCAGCCCUCCCUGCUGCUCAUCCCUGGCCAGGAGGGACCAAAACCCCACCUGGAGGGACAAAACCUCACCUGGAGGGAGAAAAAUCCCAUCUGGAGGGACCAAAACCCCACCUGGAGGGACCAAAAUCCCACCUGGAGGGACCAAAACCCCACCUGGAGGGACCAAAACCCCACCUGGAGGGACCAAAACCCCACCUGGAGGGACCAAAAUCCCACCUGGAGGGACCAAAACCCCACCUGGAGGGGGAAAGCCCCACCUGGAGCAGCUCCUCAUUCCCUGGGUUUGGUUUUCCUGCUUGGAAUGCUGAGUGGGAAGGGUGGAAGCCUCCCUGCUCCAGCUGGGAAUGGCUCUCCAAAUUCAAUUCCAUCCUCCAGCUGCUUCCUUUGAGAUCAGGAGGGAAUUUUGGGAUCCUGGAUGUGCAAAUUCAAAUUCCAGGACCCAGGACCCAUUUGAAUCCAGGAUCAAUUCCAUCCUUCCCAAACCAAAUUCCAUCAUUUGUAAGAUCAGCAGCCAAGGAGGGAUUUUGGGGAUCCUGGGUGUGCAAAUUCAAAUUCCAGGAUCCAUUUCCCAUUUGAAUCCAGGGGUCAGUUCCAUCCUUCCCAAACCAAAUUCCAUCUUUUAGGUGGAAUUCUAAAUUGCAUUUUCCACUCCCUUGUAAGAUCAGCAGCCAAGGAGGGAUUUUUGGGAGCCUGGAUGUGCAAAUUCCAGUUCCAGGAUCCAUUUCCAGUUUGAAUCCAGGGGUCAAUUCUAUCCUUCCCAAACCUAAUUCCAUCCUUUAGCUGCUCCCUUGGGAGAUCAGCAGCCAAGGAGGGAUUUUUGGGAUCCUGGAUGUGCAAAUUUGAGUAACAGGAUCCAUGUCCCAUUUGGGAAUGGCUCUUCCAAAGCAAAUUCCAUGCUUUAACCUCUUACUUGGGAGAUCAGGAGAGAUUUUGGGGAUCCUGGAUGUGCAAAUUCCAGUUCCAGGAUCCAUUUCCAAUUUGAAUCCGGGGUGAAUUCCAUCCUUCCCAAACCAAAUUCCAUCUUUUAGGUGGAGUUCUAGAUUGCAUCUUCCACUCCCUUGGAAUAUCAGCAGCCAAAGAGGGAUUUUUGGGAUCCUGGAUGUGCAAAUUCCAGUUCCAGGGAUCAAUUCCAUCCUUCCCAAACCAGGUUCCAUCCUUUAGGUGGAAUUCUGAAUUCCAUCUCCCACUCCCUCGGGAGAUCAGCAGCCAGGGAGGGAUUUUGGGGAGCAGUUCCAGGAUCCCCUGGGGAUCCCUGGGGCUGUCCCCCCAGCCAGGUCAGGUUGUUGGGGUGACCCCGAGCAGGUCUCACCUUCCCCAGAGUUUUUGGAGCAGGGAAUGCCGGAUCCCCCCGGCGGUGCCGCCUGUGCCUUGGGGGAGCCAUCCCCGUGUGAAAGGAGCUUUUUCUGCCUUUUGUGUCUUAGCCCCAAUGAAUCCCCACACCAAAGGCUCCCCGUGCCUCAAGUGGGAGCAUCCCGCUGGAUUCUCCUGCUCUCGGUGGGCCUGGAGCUCUCAGAGCUGAAAUUUCUCCUGGAGGAGCCGGAGAGUCCCUCCCGGAGCCAGAGCAGCCUGGAAAAUCCCCCUGGAGAUGGAAUUGGGGGGGUUAAUGCUGAAAAGCCAAAAUGUGGGGUAAUUCCAGCUUUUUCUGGAAUUCCUGCUCCAUCCUCCUCCUCUUAUGGAUAUCUGUGCCCUGGGAGAAGCUCAGCUCCUCCUCGGAGUAACCUGGGAGUAGGGACACAGGGAUGGUGGGGAGGGGGUUUGGGCAUCCUGGGGCAGGGGCAGAUCCCCGGGGAUGGGAGGGAAAGUCAGCCAGGAUCUGCUGGGAAUUGGCUCCUCCUCAGCCUGGGAGUGGAAAAUCCUUCUGGGAAAGGGAAAAUCCAUUCUGGGAGAAGGAGAAUCCUUCUGGGAAAAGGGAAAAUCCGUUUUGGGAGAGGGAAAAUCCAUCCUGGGAAAAGGAAAAUCCAUUUUGGGAGAAGGAAAAUCCUUCUGGGAAAAGGGAAAAUCCAUUUUGGGAGAGGGAAAAUCCAUUUUGGGAGGAGGAAAAUCCAUUUUGGGAGAAGGAGAAUCCUUCUGGGAAAAGGGAAAAUCCAUUUUGGGAGAGGGAAAAUCCAUCCUGGGAAAAGGAAAAUCCUUCUGGGAGGAAGAAAAUCUGUACUAGGAGCAGAAAAAUCCAUUUUGGGAGGAGGAAAAUUCUCCUAGGAGGAGAAAGUUUGUAAUGGGAAAAAGAAAAUCCAUCCUGGGAGGAGGAAAUUCCUUUUGUGAGGAGGAAAAUUCAUCCUGGGAGGGGAAAAAAUCUCCUGGAGAGAGGAAAAUCUGGACUGGGAGGAGGAAAAUCCAUUUUGGGAGGAGGAAAAUUUCCUGGGAGGAGAAAAAUUUGUAUUGGGAAGAAGAAAAUCCAUCCUGGGAGAAGGGAAAUCCUUUUGGGAGGAGGGAAAUUCGUCCUUGGAGGAGGAAAAUUCUGAAGAGAGGAAAAUCUGGACUGGGAGGAGGAAAUUCCUUUUGUGAGGAAGAAAAUCCAUCCUGGGAGGGGGAAAAAAAUCCAUCCUGGGAGGAGAAAAAUCCAUUUUGAGAGGAGAAAAAUCCGUUUUGAGAGGAGGAAAAUCCAUUCUGAGAGAAGGAAAAGUCUCCUAGGAGGAGAAACGGAGGAUGAGGAAAUUUCCAAUUCUUAUUCCCUUUUUUUUUUUUUUUUUUUGGCUUUUUUGCCUUGGCAAAGAUAAAAUAAAAUUAAAUUUUAAAAAGUGUUUUUUUCGCUGUUUGCGCUGCAGGGUGUGGGUGUGAAAUGCUGCUGCAGGUGUGGUGUCACUGGAGCUGGAGGAAAUAAAAAUAUCCCGAUUUUUUGGGUC